GACUUUACUUCGAUUUGGGCGUUGAAACGCUACUUACAGAAGUAAAUUAGAUUGAAAAGUUAUUGAGAAAAUGAAUCUCUACAUUAUAGAAACGCUUUGCCUUUUCAUCAUCAAUACUUCGUUGGCUGCAGGAGAACUCAAAACCUGGUAUCGAGCAAGCAACGGUUUCUACUACAAACUAUUCAACGAUCAAGUCAAUUACGCAACAGCAAAAUCAAACUGCCAGAAACUAGGAGCGGAUCUGGCAUCUGCUGGAGUUAGAGACUCUACCGUCCGCAGAGAAAUACUGCCAUUAGUCAAAGCUGGCAACGAUGACACUUGGAUUGGUUUGAGCAAACUUGAAGGUAAAUUCAUCUGGGCUGAUGGCGUAGAUUCAACUGAAGAUAACACAGAUUGGGAUGCAGAUCAGCCAGAUAAUUUGGGAGGUGGCGAAGAUUGUGUACAAUUUUGGCCUGUGGAUAAAUGGCAGUUAAACAAUAUAUCAUGCAACAUAGACAUGAAAUAUAUAUGCGAGGCACGUGCUUGAAAAUACUUGAUUCUAUUGUUAUCUCAUUUCGUGAUUGGUUAUACAAAACUGCGGAUAAAGACGGUGUGCCCCCCCCCCCCCCCCGGCCCAAAAAAAAAACAUAACCAGGGCUAUUUGAAAUAUAUCUUAGAUAGAACUGCUAUGCGAAGUGCCCUAGACUGCUGAAACUAGCGGAACACGUUGAAAAUACGUUAAUGGAAAAUAAAUAUCCAAAAUAAAGAAAUGUAAUUGUCAAAAAUAAGGCGGGCAAGAUCAAAUCUAACAAAUAUUUUUAUUUCUAAUUAGCUUCAUGUCCUCUCAAAAAAUUGUCUACGCCCCCCUUGUUGGGUACGCCCCGCCAUUUGAGAACCACUGCUCUAUUAGCUCGUUCGUUACUAACAUAUGUUUUCAUUUCAAUAUUCACUUUCAUUCACGUAGUGAGGUAAUCGAUUGGUACUCCCGAAGUAUGUGAACCAAGAUGGCGGACACUGGAACGUAGUAUGUGUACCAGAUUAGGUCACAAUUUCAGGUAAAAAUACUACGGGAGU